AUGAGAGUGCACAUGGAUUGCGCAGGAUGUGAAAGCAAGGUCAAAAGUACACUUGAAAAGCUUAAAGGUGUGGACGAGGUGGAGAUAGACAUGAAGUUACAGAAGGUGACGGUGACGGGGUGGGCGGAUCAGAAGAAGGUUCUGAAGGCGGUGAGGAAGACGGGGCGGAGGGCGGAGGUGUGGCAGCUGCCGUACACGACGGAGUUUCAUGAGGGGCAAUUCUUUCAGCAGCACCAUUGUAAUGGACCGGUGAACUUAUAUACCUCUCAGCCAAGUUCGUCCUACAACUACUACAAGCAUGGCUAUGAUAGCUGCGAUCCUCGUUAUUAUCAGUAUCCUUCUCAUUCUUCUGUCAUUGGCCAUCAAGCUGGUUCUGCUUUCAGUGAUGACAACCCUCACGCCUGCUCAAUUAUGUGAUCCUUCAUCUUCCAGCCUCGUACUUUGAAUCUCCAAAACUGAUUAACGUUGCUUUCCAUUUUACUUGAUGAUUUAAUGCUGAAAUAGGGAUCAGUACCAGAAUUAAUCAAUCUGCAGUACCU